AUGGCACGUUACAAGAAGACGGGUUUUAUGGAUGACGACGCCGGCAGCGUGAGCUCCAUACAGCUGAACGAGGGUGUUCGGUCCGGAGGUACCCACAUACGGUACCAUAUGGGGAAUGAUGGGGACUUCUAG